AUGGCGGAUUCAAACUCUUCUCUUCCUCCUCUCUGGGAAAAGAUCUCAUACGAAAGCUAUUUUCUAAGAGCUGUAGAUCUCACGAUUCUUGGCCUUCUCGUUUCUCUUCUCUGUCACCGAAUCCUGCAUAUGAGCCAAAACGACACCGUUUGGGUCGUAGCUUUCCUCUGUGAAUCUUGCUUUUCCUUCAUAUGGCUGCUAAUUACCUGCAUAAAAUGGAGUCCUGCUGAACAUAAACCUUAUCCAGAUAGGCUUGAUGAAAGUAAUUGUAUUAAUUUCAGGGUUCAUGACUUUCCAUCGGUAGAUAUGUUUGUGACCACCGCGGAUCCGGUUCAAGAGCCCCCAAUUCUGGUUGUGAACACCGUGCUUUCGCUGUUAGCUGUGAAUUAUCCGGCGAACAAACUAGCUUGUUAUGUGUCAGACGAUGGAUGCUCACCUCUCACUUACUUCUCUCUCAAGGAAGCUUCUAAGUUCGCCAAGAUUUGGGUUCCUUUCUGCAAGAAAUACAACGUUAGAGUCAGAGCUCCUUUUAGAUAUUUCUUGAACCCUCUUGCCUCAUCAGAAGAUUCUGAAUUCAGUAGGGAAUGGGAAAUAACAAAGAGGGAGUAUGAGAAGUUAAGCCAGAAAGUGGAAGAUGCCACUGGAGAUUCCCAUUGGUUGGAUGCAGACGAUGAUUUUAUAGUUUUCUCAAACACAAAACCAACUGAUCAUUCAACUAUAGUUAAGGUUAUAUGGGAGAACAAGGGAGGUCUGGGAGACGAGAAAGAGGUCCCUCAUUUUGUUUAUAUUUCAAGAGAGAAAAAACCAAAUUACCUUCAUCAUUACAAAGCUGGAGCCAUGAACUUUCUGGUAAGAGUGUCGGCUUUGAUGACAAAUGCCCCGUACAUGUUGAAUGUAGACUGUGACAUGUACGCAAAUGAAGCAGAUGUGGUGCGACAAGCAAUGUGUAUAUUUCUGCAAAAAUCUAAGAAUACAAAACAUUGUGCCUUUGUUCAAUUCCCUCAAGAUUUCUAUGAUUCUAACGCUGAUGAAAUCAUCAUCUUACAAUCAUAUUUGGGACGAGGAAUUGCGGGAAUCCAAGGACCGAUAUAUGAAGGUUCGGGCUGCUUCCAUACUAGAAGAGUAAUGUAUGGUCUUUCUCUAGACGAUUUAGAAGAUGAUGGAAGUAUUUCUUCAGUUGUCACAAAGAAGAUAUUAGCUGAGAAGAAUUUAGCCAAAGAAAUUGGAAAUUCUAAAGAGAUGGUGAAAUCGGUGGUGGAUGCGUUACAAAUGAAAUCAAAUCCCCAACAAACCCUUACAAACUCUAUAGAAGUGGCGAAAGAAGUGGGAAAUUGUCACUACGAGCACCAAACUAGUUGGGGAAAUACAAUUGGUUGGUUAUACGACUCAAUGGCGGAUGAUGUGAACACAAGCAUCGGAAUCCAUGCGAGAGGAUGGACUAGCUCAUACAUUUCUCUUGAUCCACCAGCGUUUCUAGGUGUUAUGCCGCCACUAGGACCGGUAGCGAUGGUCCAGUGGCGGCGAUGGGGGACAGGCAUGCUCGAAGUCUUUUUCAACAAACAAAGUCCGAUGAUCGGAGUAUUUCACCAAAAACUAAGAUUCCGGCAACGAUUGGCUUAUAUUUCCAUUACUAUGUGGGGUCUAAGGUCAAUCCCUGAGCUUGUUUAUUGUCUAUUGCCUGCUUAUUGCCUCCUCCACAACUCUGCCUUAUUCCCUAAGGGACUUUGUUUAGGCAUGCCUGGCAUGCUUGUGGGGAUGCACUGUCUUUACACACUAUGGGAAUUUAUGAGCGUUGGUUUUUCCGUGCAAUCGUGGUAUGUCUCCCAAUCAAUUUGGAGAAUAAAAGCCACUUCUUGUUGGUUAUUUAGCAUCUUUGAUAUCACACUCAAACUUCUUGGAAUCUCGAAAAUCGUGCUUAUAAUUACCAAAAAGACUCGGUCCGAGGCUAGGUUAGGGUCAGGAGAGGGACUGUCUCAACGAGAGGAUGAUGGUCUAAACCCACACUCGGAUAAAUUUGAAAUUGAUGGCUCACUUUAUUUCUUGCCUGGCACAUUUAUUGUUUUAGUAAAUCUAGCCGCUAUUGCAAGUUAUUCGGUGGGUCUACAAAAGUUGAGUUGCCAUAGGCACAAAGGAGGUGGAUCGGGUUUGGCUGAGGCUUGUGCAUGUGUUUUGGUGGUUAUGUUAUUCUUCCCAUUUCUGAAAGCUUUGUUUGAGAAGGGUAAAUAUAGAAUCCCAUUGUCUACACUUUCUGAAGCUGUCUUUUUAGCAGUUUUGUUUGUUAUUUUCUCUGUGGGAAGUUAG